GAGUGCUGCGUUCAAAUGAUAUUCAAUUGAUAUGAGCAGUAUGCGCCGCCUCAAGCGUCAGUGUUAGUUUAUAUUUGUUAACUGUGCAAAUUGUAUAUGCAUACGUUUUCCAAUGGCGUCGACACCGCCCGUCAAAUUAGUAAUGAAAAAAAACGAGUGUGAUAAAACGCGGAGCACCGGUGCCGUUCCCAAACAGGCUGCGGCAACAUUAACAUCAGCAUCAACAACAGCAACAUCAGCAGCAGCGACAACAAAUACAACGCCGCCGACAACCAGAUCCAGUAGCAGUCGUGCGCGCAACUCAUCCCUAAUCAAGCAACAGGAGGAACAGGAGAGGGAACGGGUAAAGGAGCUCAUAUCGGGACUGCGGCGUGGCAACUGCAAAAAUCUAUACGAUCUGCUGGAGCGUGCAACAGUAACAAAAACACAUAUCAGCACACAACGAGAGGCACUGCGUCAAUUGGCAGCCGAGCACAGUUACGAUCCAACAGAUCAACUUCAAGAGCAACAGCAGCGCUUUUGCUUCCCAGUGCGUCCAGUGCAACGAGUUCAGCAUCAACAAGCGCCGUCACCACUGCAGCCGGCAGCAGCAACAGCAGCUGCCCUGCGACUGCGUCAGCCAACGACACCCAAUGCAACAGUAGGUGUCGUCACACCCAACACGACCAACGGCAUCGAGGAACAGCAGUCCACAGUCAGCACUAGCAACAGCAACAACAACACCAGCAAUCAUCAAGUGCCCUCAGCACUUCAAACUGUGAUUCAUCAGAUAUUUGGACCAACAGCAUCGCAGCACUCGACACGUUCACAAAUUGAAUUCCUGCGCAAAUUGCUGGGUUUGGAUGAGAAUUGGAAUAGCAAUAGUGGUCAGCAGACAACAGGCAGUAUAGUACAGCAAUUGAGCAAUAUGGUUCAUGAAAUCAACCCGGGCGCUGGCGAAAAGGAGGGCAUUGUCAAUUCGACGAGUCUAGAGGAUGUUGCAUUAAGUGAGAUGAGCGAUCGGGCCCAGUCCAUACAAUCGCUGCACAGUGUAAUGGAGACGCCCACGCCGGAUACUACGCCCAGUUUCGAUGAGCUGCAGCAGCGCUUGGAUGCCUCCAAUCGAAACAUGCAGCAUUUACAUGAUGAGCAGCAAAAGUUGCUGCAAAUCCAAAACAUGGCCAAAACACAUCUCAACGAAAUGGAGCAACUACGCCAAAACAGCGCACGCUUGUCGCAUGCCGGUAAUGGCGAUGCACCCAACUAUGAGUCCGUACAGCAAGUCCAGGAUGACAUGGCUUCGCUGGUGGGACGCAUGAAAAAUCUCACGUCUUUCAUACACAAUCAAAACGAGCUGAGCAACAUACUGGGUGACGACGGCCCAGAGAUUUUGGCCGAACAGCAGGCACUGCAACAGAAACUGGAAUCAUUGCGUUCGCAGCGCGAGGAUAUGCGUGAGCUGGUAAAUGAACUGAACAGCAUUAAUGCCGUCGCCAGGGAGUCGAACGCUGCGCGUAACGCUGACCUGGAGAAGGAGGCAAAGCCAAAGGAGCCGACACCGCCGACUAAUCAACUGACGAGGCCCGUAAAUGAGCGCGUUGUGCCCGUUGAAUACCAGCGCAAUGUGCCCAUCCUGCGCGAAGAAGCGUCUAAGGCGGCACAGCGUGCCCAACACGCUCAGAACAUGAUCAAUCAGAAGACGGCGGACAUUGAUGCCCUAAAGGCACAAAUGGCCAGGCUCAAGGGCAUGCUGGACACUGUCACCCAAAUAGAGGAGAGCACACCCAGCAUGGGUGAGACGUUGGAGCGUCCCAGUCCCGACCACCAUGAGAUGCCCGUAGAUAUUUCGCAGCGUGUGCAUGCACUAAACGAUGUGACUUCAGAGCUGCGUGCCGAAGCGGCCAGUUUGCAGCAGGAACGCGAUCGCAUAAUGGCAUUGAAAGCCGAAAUUGAGCGUCGCAAGCAGCAAGCAGCGGCUGCAGUGCAACUGGGUGAUGAGGCUCUGCUGCGUAAUAGUCUCACGCCAACGCCUACGCCUCGCCGGCAACGUGACGAAGACGACGAGGAGGAGGAAGAGGAGGCAACAACGAGUCAAGUGCAGAAGCAGACGCGCGAUGAGUUGCGUGCGCAAUGUGAGCAACUGCGACGGGAGUACGAGGAGAAGCAGCGCGAAUAUCAGGCGCGUUAUAUGAACAACAAUGGCAGCAGCACCAAUCACAGCAAUAACAAUAACACCAACACCACAUCGGAGGCGGAUGAUGAGGGCAACGAUGACACUGAUAGCGAUAGAUAUUUUGCUCAAAUGCGAGCAGCAUCUUCGGCAACAUUGAAGCGUUCGCCAUCGGCCAGCACUGUCGUUGAGAAACAACAACAUCAACAACAACAGCAGCUUCAUCAUCAUCAUCAGCAGCAGCAACAACUUUUGCAACAGCAGCAACAACACCUGGAACAACAACGACGAACACAUCAAAAACAACAACAGCAGCAGUCGCAUCAGCCACGUAUUGCCCACUCAGUGUCAAACAAUGAGGAGGAGCUAAAUCUGACCAUAGACAGCCAAUCGCUGGGCAAUGAUAGUCUGCAGUCGAGCAGCACCAGAUCGCAAUAUAUGCCGCCGCCCAUGGCACCCGUUCAGGGCAUCUGGAGUACUCAAAAUGCUACCAAUGCUUGGCACUCGCAGCCAGUGUAUGUGCCAACGACUCCAACUGGUGCGGCUCCUGCCCCCGUGGUGGCUGCCUCUUCAAAUGCCUCGAGUGGUAACCCAACGCCCGAUGCUGUGCUACUGCAGCAAUUUAUGCAAACGCAGCAGAUGCUCAUCAACUCGGUCUGUCAGUGCAAUCAGACUUUGUGGCAUCAGCAGCGUGAGAUUGAUAACCUCAACAAUCAGAUACAUACGCUACAAGAUCGUCUAGCUACGUCGUGCCAGGAGCACGCCUAUAGCCUGCGCUCGGAGUCUGUGCCACCGGUUACUUCCGGCCUGGCACCCAACAAUCUCUGCCUGGGCGGCGUCAGUAAUCGCGCACAGUCGGAGCAGCUGUACAGCUUUGGAGCCUCACACCAGAGCGCCUUCAGCAACUAUCAGCGCAGCAGUCAUCGCAACAAUAUAUAUAGUAGCAACGAUCCACAUUCAUCGCAGACGUACUUGAAUAAUGCAGCGCCACCACCACCACCACCGCCGACGUCUGCACCGCCAACGCAUUUUAACAACGAGACGCCGCUGUCGCCGCCCUCGUAUCGCACCAGUCCGGGACCGAUAUUUAUGAAUCAUCAUAACAAUACCAUACAUCAGAACAAUGCCAAUUUGCGUACACAGAAUCAGCAUGCGAACAAUUUGCAUUCAUUGCCAGAGGAUGGAGUUACUCCGGCCACACUGAACAAUCAGGUGCCACCGGGCAAUCGGGCCAACAACUACUGGGACAACUUCCGAAGUUAUACGCGCCAGAAUUUGCUCUCUAACAAAAGCAAUGAGGAACUCAAUGUGGAGCAUCAGUAUCGACAGAUUCAGCGACAGCGUCAGCGUCCCAGCUACUUCCAGACGCAUCUGCCACACACAGCUCGCAGUGCCACAGGCAGCAUGCUACUGCAGCAGCAGCAGCAGCAGCAACAUCAACAACAGCAGCAGCAACAACAGCAGCAGCAGCAACAACAACAACAUCGUCACUUUUAUGAGACGACAACACAGCAUCUGCACAACAGCAGCAACAGCAACAAUUUGAACAACAGCAGCAGCAAUCGCGAUUGGCGUGAGAAUGUCCACGACGAGGAGGAUGUGGAUGAGGAUGAUAACAAUGAUUCCGCAGUGUUUGGUGGCAGCGGCAGCAGUGGUGGAGGCAGGCGCCGCAAUCGUCGUCGCCUGAUGCCCACGCUGCGUGACGAGGACUUCGCUUUGCACGAACUGGCCGCCGGCUCAUCCAAUUUGCUCAACAUGAACGUGAAUAGCCCCCAGUAUCAGCGGAAUAAAGUUCCUGCCAAGCCGACCACAUCGACGGUGUCUCUGACACCGUUGCAGCAGCGUCAUCUACGCUUUGAUUUCGAGCUGCCUGCUCAAUACAUGGACUAUGAACUGCCAGUGCCGCCAGAAUCUCUACCAGUACAGCCCGCUGGUCCCUUAUACAAUGUAACUGCUCUGGAGUCCACUGCGGCAGAUGAAUCCAAUGCGAUGCUGGAGCAAACGGAGGAGACCGCUUCUGAGGAACUAAAUCGUAAUUUGCUGGUCAAUGCAUUGAAAAAUGACAAGUUUACCACAAAGUUUUACGAGUCCAUCAAGGAGGAUGUGUAUAGACGACUCGAAACUCUCUUCGAACAGCAGCAACAGCAACAACAACAGCAGCAACAACAGCAGCAGCAACAACAGCAGCAACAACAACAGCAACAACAACUGCAGCAGCAGCAACAAGGCGAACAGCAACUCUACAAUGAAAUGCAUAGUCUGCGGAAGACGCUCAACCAGGGACAGCAGGCGAGCAGCGCACAGCCAGCUGAGAGUGCAGCUUUGAAUGAGACAACUGAGGCCACGGAAAGUGGCAAUGAAACGCCACAGGAGCAGCCAGCCAACGAUAGGCCUGAGGAUGAAGAUAGCUUGCCAAUGCAGGCUGCUGGUGCUGGUGUCGUCAUAGCAGCAAACGCUGUUGAACAGGCUCACUGUGAGACAGCUGCUGCGGGCGCUGCGUCUUUGGAUAGCGAAGAUCAAAUAAUUGAGGUUGUGAUCGAAAGGGCUGCAACGCCAGUGGCCAGCAUUGAAGUGUCGCCCGAUCACGAGCUUAUCGAGUACAUAAUCAAACGCAUACGCAACCAGACGCAUAACAACACCAUCAUCAAUGACUCGCUGCUGGCCGAGGUCUCCAAGUUGACGGCCAAUGCGGCACAGAACUCCGCCGCCAGCUGGAUACCCAAUGCCGCCUCGCCGCUCAUUUCACCCAAACGCAUUUAUGCCAAGAUCAAGAAGAUGGAAAUGCCGCGACAGCGUGAUGAGUUCUUACUUUGGUAUCGCGCAUAUCUGGAACAGCUCUUUGUGGUUGAGCAGCCGCACAACGGUUGCCCACAACCCAAGGUCAAAAGUAAGGAGGAGAGGAGGGUGAACAAAAAACAGGUGAACAAACGCGUACGUGCUCAAUCCCAUUCGCAGGAUUCCAAUAAUGAUGCCGACUUGGCCGAGGCAGAUCAAAAGAAGGUCACGUUAAACGGCGGCGAUACGGAGUGCGAGAACAAUGAGAAUCCAGACGAGAAAGCUAACGCAGCUGCAGCUGCGGAUACACAGAGCAUCAGCUUAGAUUAAAAUUAGUUAGUUUGUUAGACUUGUAGGUGACACACAUCCAAACAACAUUCCCAAGCAUGCGUAUAAUCAAUAUAUACACAAACACAUAUGACUA